UCUAAAGUUAUUAAUAUUUUUAUAAACUGAUUUUAUAACUUUUAAUUGUGUACAAAAGUUCGGUGCUGACAAAGCAAAUAUGUGCUAUGCCCAAUUUUUUUUCGAAGUUCUUACAGUAACAAAUAUUCGGUAACAAAUAUUUGUUGUAUAAAAGACAUUUGAACAUUAAAUUAUUUGAAUAAAGAAAUAUAAACGCAAUUGUGAAGUUUUUCAUGUCAGCAAAUCAACAAUUUUAAAUCAAGAACUCAAGAAAUGUUAGUGCGGAGCUGUCGCCGGUCGUGUGGCUCUGGACGUUCGAAACGGGUGCUGGUGUUCCAACAACCGACGAUCGCACUUCGUGCACUGUGAUAAUAUACAAAUUAUUUUUUAUUUUAAUAAGUGUUUUAUAUUUAAAUUUUAUUUUUUUGCAUUCUGUAAAAAUUUAUGUUUUAAAUAUAUUUUUAUAUAUUAUGCUAUGAUGCUUGUGUUUAACUUAACAAAAGCCUUUAUGUCAGGGUGUUGUGCAAGAGUCGGUUCGUUAAAUCGGUUACGUCGCGGAAUUGGUUAAUGUACGUUUAAUUCCCAGCUUUGCUGAGCGGUUCGAAAUUGAUUCUUUGCGAAUUCGUGAUGUUAUGACGGUCUAAAUAACAUAAAUCGUUUAAAUAUUAAACCGACCAAAACGUAAAACAUUUUCUGGGUCUUGGUUUGAUUUAAUAAUUCUCGGUAUUUAAUGUUAAUCUUGGUUCGUUUGGUUUGGCUCCCAGUCAGAUUUGCGUAAAUUUCGAUAAAGUAUACGGAAAUGUUUAAUAAUUAAGUUUUGUUUAAUUAAUGUUUAAAAUAUAUUUAUAAGUUUAGUUAUGCAUUUCUCUUACAAAAUUUUCAAUAAAUUAAAAUAUUUUACAGCUUUUUUGUGUGUACUGUGCGUGUUUUAUAGCGAAAGGUAUUCGAAAUCUCGUGAUUUCAUUGAUUCCUUAGUAUCGCGUCUCCAUGUGUCGUGCUUAAGACAAAUUCGUGAUAACUACGCUUUAAAGAGUCAAUAUAUUUGUUGAAAAAUAUAUUAUAUCUAAAUAUAUUUUAAUUGUUCACGAUGUCAACGUCGCGCAGACGUGGCGACAUAAAUCCGAAACUGCACAUGGAUAGACAACCAACAAUUGCCCGUAUAACAGAUCCCUCAUUACCAGCAGGAAAACGUCGCGAAAUAGAUAACGUUAUGAAAAAAGCGCGAGCCAAUACCAAUGAUUAUUGGGAUAAAAAAUUGAUUGAAGCUGAAGAGAAGGAUCCGAAUCGUUGGCGACACACCGGUUAUAAAAAAAUGUAUAUUCAAGGAGAAAGCAGCUCUGGAGAAAGUGAUCGAGAGGUUAAUUAUCGAUUUAAUUCUACUGGUGGUCCAUCUGGUGGUCCACCACCAGGUUCCGGUCGUUUUGGUCGUUCGCGUUCGCCGCGCUCUCGUAGUCGGUCUCGUAUGCAUAAAUCGCCAGUGUCUCCGCCGAUGCGUCGACGCACGCCACCGAAUAAUAUAGACGGUAUUGGAAGACGUAUGUCUCCAUUAUCAUCAUUGGACGGUCCGCCUCGUGGUCGUCCUAGGUCACCUCCGCGAGGAUUACCUCCGCGUUCGCCAUCCGAUCUUGGUCGUCGUCCAAUGUUAGGCAGCGUUAGAAAUUCUCGGCCGCGUUCUCCGCCUGAGCCGUCAAUGCGUCGGAAGCCAUCACGCUCUCCAAUUGGGAGGCGUCGGUCACCUCACAAUUCUGGUAUAUUACCGCAAGGUGGUCGACGAAGAUCACCUAUACCGGGCGCUAGUUUGCCACCAAAUAAACGUGGUCAAAUGAUAUUACCGCGAUCGAAGCGCCCACCAUCGCCACCGCCGCCAAGAAAUUCGUGUCGUUCGCAUACUAAUAGUUCAGUGAGUAGCUGCUCUGAUGACUCGUGCUCAGUAUGUUCGCCGAGUCAUCAUCACAGAUCUCGGUCAACGUCUAUACAACGGGGUCGCGCGCGUCGUCAUGGCGGUCCUAGGUCACCAAUACCUAAAACGGUGCGAACAAUACCUUAUCGCAAUGGACCUCAAGGACCCCACGGUAAUCACAAUGUUCGUGUGCAUGGUGAAGCAACUUCACCACCUAAUCGUUCAAUCGAUAAAUAUCGCGAAGAAAAAUUACGUCGUAUAAGUCGAGAAAGAAGUCAUGGUGGUGUAUCACCAAAUGGACAUGUUAAAGCAGCACGUGCUUCAAGACAUUCACCACCAGAAGAUCCACGUUUAAAAAAUCGUCCUCCAGAACCUCCAGAGCCUGCUUCCUCAUUGUCUAAUACUGUACCACAAAAAAAGAAGAAAAAAGAUAAAGAAUUAAGAACUCGCAUUAAAAUUGAGGGUGAAAAGCGAAAGAAGCAUAAUUCUUCUUCAGAAUCUGAUGAUUCUGGCGGUUCGGAUACUGAUGGCUCAUUGCCUACUUUCACAGCAACAACACGUCUUACAUUAUCAGAACGUUUUGGUAAAAUGGCUCAAUGGAGUAUUGAUCGUAGUAAUAUGGAAAACAUGCGAAUAACAAAAGAUUCAACCGGCAAAGCUUUAAAAGUUAUGAUUGAAGAAGGUCUUGAGUCGCCACCGCGUCGGUAUUCUUAUUCACCUGCACCUGCAGGCCAUUUUCCGGAAGAAUUAGCAACAACGGCACCGUCGGGUAUGUUGUCGUGGGACGAUGUUCGCGUUCGUUAUGAUUAUUAUAAAAGUCGUGGCUAUUUACGCGAUUUAGAUUUGAAAGAUUAUAUAAAAUGGGAAGAAUGGUGGUAUAAAUAUCAAGAAUGGUUGAAACAUGAACGUUAUUAUGAAUUUUGGGAACGUCAGCAAAUGCAAAGACGCAGACGUAAAAAGUUGCCAAUUGCACAGCGUUUAAAUUAAAUAUAAAAUUAAAUAUCAUUUUCUACAAAGUUGACUUUAUGGAUUCUUAGGAUUCUUGAAACUAUGUAAUAUAAAACAAUAGUUGAUGUUCUAAAGAGUUUAGCAAAAUUUUUUAUUGAAAUUUUUUUUUCAAUAAAAAAUUUUGUAAUUAUUUUUAAGCACUGUUUUUUUAGACUACAGUGUUUGGAAAUAAGCAUUAUUUUAGUCUAAUCAUCUUAGUUCUAAAUGUUAGUACUAUUAAGAUUGACAUAUAUUCAUAAAAAAAAGUCCAUAUAAUAACUAAUAUCAAAAUAAUCGUGAGAGUAAGUUAACAAACAUAUUAACUUACCCACCAACAAUGGUCAUGUGCCAGAACAAAGGUAAUUCAGUUUGCAAUCUAUAUUAUUAAGAAAUUUUCAGUUGCUAUUUUCAAUCAAAAUAUUUAAGAAAAUAUAUAAAAAAUAUAUAUU